AAGGCGGAUCUGAGGCUGGGAGCUAGCUAAUGCUAACUGUGAGCUAACUUCACUAGGCUCCAAAUAUGGAAAGGUUUUACUUUGGACAGCGACACUAAUGGAGGCGAGCACUGAUGGCCGAUUAAAUAACAUUGACAACACAAAUGGAUGAUGACUUGCAUUUGGCGGGGUGUAAAUGUGCCAAAAAGCCACUCUCUUCGGUACUCUCAAAGAAGAGUGUGGUCAAGACUGUGGCAAUGUUGAAGUAGAGCUGGAGUACAUGAUGGCACAAAAAUAUGCAAGGACUCUUGAUCACAACUAAAGCUAACAUAUCCAAGAUGCUUGGCUACUGCGCUUGAUGAGAUGAUGUUGGCCACUCUGCUUUACCAAAUGGAAGUGCCAUUGUAGAAAUUUGAUACUGUGGCUCAAACUGCUGCACAGUAUUUGAGCUACAGCGUUGGUUGUCCAAACCAGGACGAGAGGAUGGGUUCCCAAGCUCUUCAGAUAUUGAGGCAGGGUGUGUGGGCUUCACUCACUGGAGGCUGGUAUGUGGACCCCCACCAAAGCACCUUCUCCAACUGCUUCCACCUGUACCUUUGGAUAUUUCUUCUGGCCUUCCCAUUUUUAUUGUACAUGGCCCUGCCACCCAGCUUGUUGAUAGCAGGUAUCUAUUCAGCUGUGGUAGCAGUCUUUUUCACAGCCAUCAAGGUGGUGAACUACCGACUCCAUGCCAUGUUUGAUCUUGGAGAGAUUGUAGAGAAGAAGCAGGCCUCACUUACUGCUGAAGCUCCAAAAGAAGAAGAAGAAGGUUCAGGAGGAAAUGAUGGAAAUCCACACAGAGACAGUCAUGUCGGUGUAGAGAUGACAGUAUUUAGAAAGGUCAACUCAACUCCCCCAGUGCGAUGUAGCUCUCAGCACUCACUGUUUGGGCUAAACCAGGUGUCAGAGUUUUUGCCACAACUAGAGGAUCCUUGUGGAACUAAGGAUAUUAAGGAGUUAAUGAAAGAACAGGGAAGCAAUAAUGUUAUUGUUACAUCAGCACAUCGUGAAGUCCUACGCCAGAGUUCACAAGAUACCAUUAGAGCUCCAAGUGUUGUGCAGUCUUGCAUUGCUGCUCCCUUCAGCGGUGAGUUCCCCGGGUUGAUGGCAGUAUCGGGCAUGACAACUCGGUUUGGAGAGCAGGGAGAGUGCUUGUCGACCCCUCCAUCUCCCUCCAGUCAGGAAGACGGUGGAGAGAAAGAGCAGGAUGUUGAGGAGUUACCGGAGCGGCUGCGUAAACCAAAUCCUGGCAAUGGACUUGGUGCAUACUCUCCAUUGGGGCCAUCUGCGGAAUCUGAAAGUCUGGGAGACACACCUCUCAGUCCCCUCAUUAAGAGCAGCUUGAGUGAGGAACUAAGUGAGAAUCUUCUAGGUUUGGGACUUGACCCAGUUGCUUUUGCUCCUGGUACCGAGCACCCUGGCAGCCGUAGUGGGGUGGCACUUGCUGCUGGAUCUACAGACAGCUGUUUUAGUGCUGGUGGGGCCACCACAGACAAGGAGACACUAAGCACUGUAAGUAGUUACCGCAGUGAAAAGACUGAUUCAACUCAGCUAGAAAGCCCUUCUUUUAGCCAUCCACGAUCCACAAAUGGACAACCAUCCGCACCUGCACCGGUGCUGGGUUCAAACCACCCCGAGCCUGUAGAGGACCCAGGAGGACAGGGAGGCAGUGACACGGAUAACCUUUCAGACAGUGUGCUGCUUCGCUCACCAUGCAGAGAUUUUUCUGCCAGCCAGGGGCUCGACAGGACACUUGUGGAAGGGGAGGACUUGCCUUCUCUGGCGGAGAUUGCACACCCCCCUCCCAUGCAAAACUCCUCUCCUUCUAGUAGUGGACACUCAGAGCUUUGUGAGUUAGACAGACCUAUCCCCAUCCCUCCUCUCCCCCCUCCACGGCAGACCACCUCAGUGCCCACAGGGCUGGCCCUGGGCCUGGUGUGUUCUGAGCCGGCACUGCCCAUAUCUACUCCUUUCUUAUUGUCAGAUCAGCCUGCUCUACAGGCCCAGCAGGUGGUGAGGCCAAAGGACUUAAAGCUUCUGCGGGCUGGGGGUGUGGGCCACAGACCGGGCCGACGGAAAGCUCCUCGACGGCGAGCAGGAGCAGGGAGCAGCAGCUUUGACUGUGGCUCGUACAAGCGACAUCACAAUCACAGACAGCACAGGGAUUACAUCCCGGUGCGCAGCAGACUUGGGGCCAAAGCCUACAGUGAAAGCCUUUUUGAGGAUUCGAGCGAUGAGGACGAUGGCAGUGACAUGAGCGCGGGCUCCAGUCUGGGCUCUCAGCGCAGAUACAGCUCAGACGACGAUGACUCCAGUUCCUCUACCUCCUGCUAUUCCCCAGAUCUCACUAACACUGGCAUUACAUCCUCUGUUGCCCCUGCUGCUCAGCUGCCCACUCCCUUGGAAGGGGAUUUACCUGAGACCGCUGGCCCCUCACAUUCUCGUGCUGCUCAGCGCUCUGCGAGUACAGCAAGUGCUAAGACUCAUGCCAGGGUCCUAAGUAUGGAUGGGGCUGGUGGAGCUCAGAGCACGUCAGCAGCAAUGCCCCCUGCUCUGCUGACAAUGCCCUCCACCUCAACUCCUGCACCUCGCGCUCUCACUAUCUCUAAGUCAGACCUGGAGGCACGUACUGUCCACAAUGAUGUGUUCUCUGGACCCCAUCAUCGGCUGGAUUCACUUGGGGGAUCCUGGACUGGUAACCAAAUGGGCUGGCGAGCUGGAGAGCUGGUGGAGGAGGGAGCUGUGGGGGGAGCGUUGGCUUCAGAGGAUGGGGGCAAACAUGACUCAGUUAGCAGUGUCAAGAGAACCCAGGCCAUUCGGAGAAGACACAAUGCUGGAAGCAAUCCUACACCUCCCCCAUCAACAAUGGGAUCACCUCCCAGCCUCCAGGACCUCCAGAGGGCUCGGACCUCCUCACAUUCACGUGCACGGACACUUCCUUCGGCCUUACAGUUCGCCUCCUCGCUGCUGCUUCCCCGCAGUGGGAUCCAUGAGGCCUCCACAUUUGAUGACACAUCAGAGGGAGCAGUUCAUUACUUCUAUGAUGAGAGUGGCGUUAAGAGAUCUUACACUUUUGGACCAGCUGGUGGCGGAUAUGAAGACCCAGUACAGGAAAGAGAAAGACAGUCUCAAUCAUCCAGUUUCACAUCUACAGAGGUGCAGGAGGGGGCCCCGGUCCUGUCUAUCCUGCAGCCCAGACCUGUGGUCUUACAGGGCAUGCAGGUGCGCAGGGUACCCCUGGAAAUGCCAGAGUUUGAUCUGGAUCACGAGUCUUUACAAGAAUCCCAGGAAAAUACGCUAAUGAUUGAAGAGAAGGCGAAACCCAAACAAUACUAUCGCUUCUGGGUACUACCUGGAAAAUGGUUAAGGGUUCGAUAUGACCGGUUGGCUCUUCUGGCUUUACUGGACAGAAAUCGACAAGUGGGAGAGAAUGUCUUUGCUGUUGUGCUGGCUAGUCUGGUGGCCUUUCUGGGAUUUCUCCUUCUCUUACAAAACUUUUUCAGGGACAUCUGGGUCUUCCAGUUCUGCUUGGUCAUUGCUAGUUGUCAAUAUUCUUUACUAAAGAGUGUGCAACCAGAUGCAGCUUCUCCCAUGCAUGGUCAUAACUGGAUAAUCGUUUACAGUCGUCCAGUGUACUUCUGCUUGUGCUGUGUGCUCAUCUGGAUCUUUGACUUAACCUGUCACUCUGGCGCUCUGCAGCCCUUCUCACUUUAUGGGGUCACUUUUUUUUCCACACAAUUUCUGGCCUGUGUCAGGGAUGUGCUCAUCGUGUUUGCCUUGUGUUUCCCUGUCAUUUUCCUGUUUGGGUUGCUGCCUCAGGUCAACACUUUUGUAAUGUGUCUACUUGAGCAAAUCGACAUGCAUAUUUUUGGGGGGUCUGCCACCACAAGCCCCCUGUCGUCUCUUUUCAGCCUCAUGCGCAGUAUGUUGGUGGCUGCACUGCUGUAUGGCUUUUGCCUUGGUGCCAUCAAUGCACCUUGGGGGGAUGCUCAUGUGCCAGUAUUAUUUUCAGUUUUUUGUGGACUACUUCUGGCUUUAUCUUACCAUCUUAGUCGCCAGAGCAGUAACCCCAGCAUUCUAUGGUCUCUGGUCCGGUCAAAAUUAUUCCCAGAACUUGAGAAUCGGACGCCAGAGGAGCCCCCUGUGGAGAUCAAGGACCCUCUUCCUGAGAAGCUGCGUAACUCUGUGAGGGAAAUUCUUCAUUCGGAUCUUGUCAUGUGUCCUCUGAUGGCUGUCAUUACCUUUGCCAUUAGCGCCAGCACAGUGUUCAUUGCUCUUCAGCCCGCUCUCAGCUUUGUGCUGUACAUCCUUGCAGGAGUGGUAGGCUUCAUUACACACUAUCUCCUGCCUCAGCUCCGCAAACAGCUCCCAUGGUUCUGCUUGGCUCACCCUGUGCUUCGCUCAAAGGAGUACAGUCAGUUUGAAGUUCGAGAUGCUGCCCAGCUAAUGUGGUUUGAGAAACUUUAUGCAUGGCUCCAAUGUGUGGAGAAAUACUUAAUUUACCCAGCUGUGGUGCUGAACUCACUAACGACAGAGGCUCGGAGUGUCGGCCAAAACCACAAAGAACUUGACAUUUAUAGCCGAGCUCUCUUCAUUUCUGUGGCUGGAAUGAAACUCCUGCGUUCGUCCUUUUGUACCCCCUCCCAGCAAUAUGUCACCCUCUGCUUCACCACACUGUUCUUUCACUUUGACUAUCCACACUUCUCUGAGACAUUUCUUAUAGACUACUACUUCAUGUCAAUACUCUUCAGCAAGAUGUGGGAUCUUCUAUACAAACUGCGUUUCGUUUUGACCUACAUCGCCCCAUGGCAGAUAACCUGGGGUUCAGCUUUUCAUGCCUUUGCCCAGCCAUUUGCUGUGCCCCACUCUGCAGUGCUCUUUGUUCAGGCCAUUUUUUCUGCCUUCUUUUCCACUCCUUUGAAUCCUGUUUUAGGAAGUGCAGUCUUUGUGACAUCAUACACGAGACCCGUCAAAUUCUGGGAAAGAGACUAUAACACUAAAAGAGUUGAUCAUUCCAACACUAGACUUGCCACACAGUUGGACAGAAACCCAGGUGCUGAUGACAAUAAUCUGAACUCCAUUUUCUAUGAGCACCUGACCCGCUCCCUGCAGCACAGUCUGUGUGGAGACCUGCUGCUUGGUCGUUGGGGCAACUACAGCACAGGCGACUGUUUCAUUCUGGCCUCCGACUACCUCAACGCUUUGGUGCACAUCAUUGAGAUUGGCAAUGGUCUAGUUACUUUUCAGCUCAGGGGACUGGAGUUCAGAGGCACCUAUUGCCAGCAGAGAGAGGUGGAGGCCAUCACGGAGGGGGUGGAGGAGGAUGAGGGAUGCUGCUGCUGUGAACCUGGCCACCUGCCACACAUGUUGUCAUUCAAUGCUGCCUUUGGCCAGCGCUGGCUCGCCUGGGAGGUGGCUGCUACUAAAUACGUCCUUGAGGGCUACAGCAUCAGUGACAAUAAUGCUGCUUCCAUGUUACAAGUAUUUGAUCUCCGCAAGAUUCUCAUCACAUAUUAUGUCAAGAGUAUUAUCUAUUAUGUCAGUCGGUCUGCUAAGCUGGAGGAGUGGUUGAGUAAUGAGACAGUUCAGGAGGCUCUGCGACCUUGUCUAGGGGCCAACUACGUAGACAGUGACCCCACCUUCAACCUGAAUAUUGACGAGGACUAUGACCACAGAGCAUCCGGCAUCACACUGCCCUCUUUCUGUAUGGUAUAUCUGGACUGGAUUCAGUAUUGCAACAGCAGGCGCCAAACGCCAGUAACAAGUGAAAGAGAUUCUCCUCUUGUCAACCUCUGUUUUGGACUGUGCAUUUUGGGACGGCGAGCACUGGGCACAGCCUCCCAUAGCAUGUCUGCCAGCUUGGAACCAUUUCUCUAUGGUCUUCACGCACUUUUUAAGGGUGACUUUCGCAUCACAUCACCCAGAGAUGAGUGGGUCUUUGCUGACAUGGACUUGUUAAAUCGUGUAGUAGCCCCAGGAGUACGCAUGUCUCUGAAACUGCAUCAGGACCAUUUUACCUCUCCUGAUGAGUAUGAGGACCCUAUGAUUUUGUAUGAUGCCAUUACUGCCAAUGAGGAGAAGAUGCUUAUAUCACACGAGGGCGACCCCGUGUGGCGAAGCGCAAUCUUGGCCAACAUGCCCUCACUGCUGGCACUGAGGCACAUCAUGGAUGACGGCAGUGACGAGUAUAAGAUCAUCAUGUUGAACAAGAGGUUCCUCAGCUUCAGAGUCAUCAAGGUGAAUCGAGAGUGUGUGCGUGGGUUAUGGGCUGGACAACAGCAGGAGCUGGUUUUCCUGCGAAAUCGAAAUCCUGAGCGAGGCAGCAUUCAAAAUGCCAAACAAGCCUUGAGGAACAUGAUCAAUUCAUCAUGUGAUCAGCCCAUUGGAUAUCCCAUCUACGUCUCACCACUCACUACAUCAUAUGCCGGAGGCCAUGCUCAGCUGCGCACUGUGUGGGGGGGUCCUGUCAGCCCACAUAACAUCUACACAUGGCUCAUCAGCAGCUGGGACAGGUUGCAGAAAGGCUGUGGAGCUGGCUGUAACAGUGGAGGAAACAUUGAGGACUCAGACUGUGGAGGCGGCUCGGCCUCCAUCUCCACGAACCCUGCUGUUCACACCACACAGAGCACUCCAGCCUCAGGCCUGCCCCACACACACAUCACCUCACUGCAGCCAUCUUUGGGUACAGACAAUCCUGUUGGACCCCAAAACUGGCCACAUAACGCCCAACAGCUGCCGCUAGCUUUGCUCAGCCAAUCAGAGGGCAGGAUGGAGGCGGGGCUCCUGUCCUCUCUACAGCGGACCUCGUCGAUACAGGGUCUACUGGGACAGCAGCUGUCAACCUCUCAGCUGUCUUUCAGCACCUCUGUGGCCCCUCCCCCUCUCCCUCUGGGCUUCCUGGAGAACUCUGGACACAGAGCAGGCCAGCGGGCUGGCAGCACACUGCACUUUGAGAGCCACUUUGGCAAAUGGAGUUUUUCAGGCCGAAAGGGCUUUAAUGGCUCAGCUGCGGUUGAGGGGGACACCACCACUGUUCAGACUAAUCGCACCCAGCCCAGCGUUCCUGCAGCCCGGCAAGAGUCUAGUCCUAUCCAAGACCCUCUUGGAGCCACUCAGACCCUAGACCCCUCCAUCUUAAAUGUAGGAGCCCCUUCCCUGCCCCGAGAAGAAUCCACAGAGCUGCCUUUACUGGAGCACCUACGCUGAGGCAGCCCCAGAAUAAAGCACACUGUAGUCCCACGGCGUCCAGAUCUCUGCACUUCCAGUUCUGUACUGGGCUUGUUACUGUCUCAGCCAAAACAACUGCUGAGCUAAAUGGCAAUUAUUCCAAAGUUAGCUCAAAUGUAGACCCAAAACAUCUUUUAAAUUUUCUUUUAUAAGGUCCCUUUUUGUCUCUUUAGGCAAUUUUUCUGUUGAAACAUUAGUGACAGGCCGCAUAGGCCAGUGCAAUUUAAAGGGAUAUUUUUCUAAGUGGAGUUUUGAGCCUCAGGCCUUCCCUCUCUGCAGCAUUUUCAUAGUUAAACAGAUGUUUAUUGGUGUUUUUUUGUUUUUUUUUUGAGGUGAAGGAUCCAUGGAAACCGCAUUAAGCCUUGUUUAGCCCGUUCACAAAUCUCGUUGGGUCUUCACUGAGGUCAGACGUUUAACACAUUCAGCUGUUCACUCUUCACUUUGCAUUUUAGACGCACUAUAUACAAGCUCAAGAGUCCUCUCCUCUUGCCUGCAGAUUUUGUGUUCAAGCAAUUUUCAGGGAAAAAAAUCCCUUCAAAUCUCAGUCAAUAAGUGGUGCUGUUAUCACCAGUUUACAGUCGAUUUGGGCUGGACCGGACACAGACCUGAAUCAGGACUUGGACUUAAGAGCUGGAGCCCAGUGAUCAGGACCUAAUGGACAACUAAAUGCUCAAUAUAAUGCUCACGAACAGACUGGGUGUUGGGAAGCCAUUUUGAUUUUGGUUUUACUUGAAGAAACACUAAUCGGUGUCUACAGCUAAUGAUUUCUCUUGAAAGAAGUGAUGGACGACUCGUGAUCAGAGUGGGACUUGUUGGGGCCCAGGCUGCUGUAGGGGGCGCUGUUUCUUUGCCUGGCCCCUGUUAAUACUAUACUACUGCUUUUGCAUCUCCUACUAAACUACCCACUACUGCUGUUUUUAGUCAACAGUCCAAUCCAGCGUUUUAGUUGGAUGAAGUUAAAUAAUUUCUGAAAAUAAAGGUGGAAUAUUUAUUUGCUUGACAUGGUCUUACAAAUAUUUUCAAAGGAGGUUUUUUGUCUCUGUUGUUAUAUCAAAAAAUUUGCCUCCUGUCGACUGUAACUCAUCUUAACCUUUGUUGACUUAUUUUGAGUUUUGACAUCUCACAAAAUGGCUGCCCUUUUUAAUGUAAUGUAACAAUAAGUAAUCCUGAGGAGUUACUUUAAAAUUUGCUUCUUUCCCACUUGUUGCACUCUUGUUGCCACUGUGAAAAUCCAUAGUUUUAUUAGGUCAAAGUAGUGUUAAAAAGCUGGCCAAACUGUGUCUAAUUAGUGCUGCAGCUGGCUUUUAAAUUUCAUAGAUUCACGCAGCAGUUCGCCUGAGGUGGCUGAACAGUUUUCAAAUAACUUGGUGCCAUAGUGUAAAUCAUUUUGGCCACAAGGCGAACUGUGUUACUGUUUUUUCUUCACCACCUAAUCUUUUAAAACGUCAAGUUCCCUCUGUAGGAAUCUUGAAAAGAGGCCAGCGUUCUCAGGGUCUGUAGCGGGAAAGAAAUUGACUUGUCGUCUUCUGCGGGAUGAGAUUUUGUCCAAAGGGAGAAAACAAAAAGCUGAAGCUAUAAACCAGUGAAAUGAGUCAAGAAGUUGAAUCCUGCUACUUGCUAUAGAAGUGUCUUGUCUUUGAAUCUGACAUUGUGCUACCUAAAAACUCCAUUUGACCGCAAACAUUAGAUUUUACAUUUGAUUGAGGAACAAUUGGUCUUUUCCCUAGUCUGGUAAAAGGUGCAUCAGUAUCCUGUGUCAAGUCCUUAAACUCAGGAAAACACAUUGAAAAUCAGUGCUGUUUUUUAUUUUAUAUUUUUCUCUUGUAUCCAAAGCAACAGGGAGGCAUUUUGUUUUGUUUUUUAUUUGCUGAUUGUGAGGAAAGCACAAGAAAAUGGACAGACAUGGGUGUCAGUAAAAAGGGAUUUCUUAAUCUCCUAAAUGAUGUACAGCAUGUUUGGUAUAUAAAUAUAUAUUUAAAAAAUACAGAUCUAUUUUAUUAUUGGAUUUGGGGUUGUUUUUCAUUAAAGACACUAUGUGGGGAUCGGCCCAUAACUGGAGAGCUGUGUGGAGAGGCACUCAUCUAAAUGUGCUGUUUAGGAAGAAAUGAUGAACACUUCUUUUGCACAAAUGUAUCAUACACCAUCCCACGUUAUCAUUUUAUUUACUUUGUUGGGAGGGGACUUUUAUUUAAGAUGUUAAUGUUUAAUGUACAGUUUUAUAUGUGGUUCCCCCUCCUGUUUUAAAUUAAAGGUUUCUGUGUCUUUGUUUGCAAAUAAAGCGCGUCUUUUUUUAUU